AACAACUAAUCUCAUUUUGAAGUAUGGGAAAUAUUUGAAUGCGAAAGCAUCAUGUCGUCCCAACUAGACCAAGUCGAAGUAACCGAAGGUUUGAAUACAAGUGUUUUUUUCAUGAAAUCAUUUAUUAUACUGUACAAUUCAUUAAUUUACUUGCAGAUCUGAAAGCAUUUGAAAGACGUUUGACAGAAUAUAUUUCAGGAUUACAUCCAAAAGCAGUUCGCUGGAGAAGUACUGUACAAAUAUUAUAAAUUAAUAUUAGAUUUAUUUCUGUUAAUAAGUAACUUUUGUACAUUACUCCAGCGAGAUAUUUAAUUUAUAUUAAGUAUUGAUGUUUGGUAGUCAAUAGUACAGUCUACAUCUACAGUUGUUUAUCUGGCAGGCUUGUUUGGCUACUAAAUGAAUUGUUUACACAUGUCAUUAUUUCUGUACUGGUGGACAAUAUAUAGCAUUUCUUUGUUUUUUUUUUAAUUCCAUAACCCAAGACUUUCAUCAGUGCAAAUGUUAUUCAUCACAAUACAAGCCAACAAAGUUAUAAUAGUUGGAGGCACAACCAGCAGUAUAGCUCAGCAGUCAUAUGCCGCCAUAUGUACUAUGUCAACCUGUGUUGUAACAUCAAUUAUUAUUUUCCUUUAGUUUUGUUUGCCAUGUCAUUCAUCUGCACUGUACUUUCUGCAUGUUUUUGGAUAACAGAUGAAAAUAUGGCAAAAGUAUGUUUGAACAGAAUUUUAAUUCAUUCAUAUUUCUGCUAGUCACAAAUCUGGUACUCAAUUCUUAAUUUCUUUUGCUUUUUAGUCAACAUUCUUGGAGUCUCUGUGGAGUCACAAAUUUUUCUCAACUAGUAUAAUUAUUUUAGUCCUACUUUUAUUAUUUGGAAUUCAUAAACGAGUCAGAGAACCGCAGACGUAUCCUUAGUCUAAAGCAUUGUGCAUGCUCCGAUGUAGAGAUGGGCCAUACUAGCUUUUUCAUUUGAUAUAUUUCCUCAAUAUUUGCCAUUUUUUAUAUCAAUAUUUUCCCAUUUUUAAUUGUAUUGGUUACAAUUGAAUAAUUAAAGACCAUUUUUAAUUGUAUUGGUUACAAUUGAAUAAUUCAGUUUUCAGUGAUUGUAACCAACAUAACCACAAACUUAGAUCCUGCCUGUGGACCAUUAUAGCAUCACAGAAAAUGAACUACUUUAUGUAUUUAUGCAUAUUUAGGCUUUUUGCAGAGGGCUUUUUGGUAUCAUUUUCAUGAGAAAAAAUAUUGCAGGCCCAGAACUAUCGAAACAAUCAAUAUUUCUUGCUAGUAUCGAUACUUUUCUUCCAAACCCUGGUAUAGAUAGUAUCGGGUAUUUGAUAUCGGCCCAUCCAUACUGUUGGUUGGAUACCGGUACAUUUACUUAUAUUUUUCCUUGAUCACAGAAAAGUAUUUUAAAAAGAUGUCGACUGGUUCUGGAGGAUUAUAAUAUGUCAUGUGAUGAUGUGAGUGAAUUCAGAAUUCUUGCUUGUAACACACUUUCAAUAUUUGUCUGAAACUAUUAACUCAUUUAACUGUAAAAUUAUUCUUUUUAGAGAGGAAGAUUAAUUCUUAAACCAAGAACUUCAGUUAAAGACAAAUACACUGCAAAUACAAGAAUGGGGAUAGUUUUUAAACAUUAACACUGAAUAAUUCCUGUCUUAUGAUAUAUUGCUAAGUAAGGUGUAGUGUAUUAUCUUAACUAAAUUGUGAUGUGCUGUAUAAACAUAAAUUAUUACCAAAUACCAAUCAAAUAACUGGACUACAGCAUCAUCAAAUACGUACAUGUAAAAAAGGCGAAGAACAGAACAGAAAAUUCUCUUCACAAAUUGGUGUAUUACAGUAUUUUACAAAAACACAUCCAGACUUCUUGCUAUAUUACAAUUGUCAAAGUACUACAUACAUUGAAGUGAUAGUUCUAGUGUUGUACUUUAAAGAAUCUCAACUAGAGAGGUUGCUCAUGGGCAGUUAGCAUAUAGUCAAGAAAUGUAUCAUACAUUUGGACUGAAACUUGGCCAAGGCAACAUUGAUAGUGUUCAUAAAAUAACUGGUAACGCCUUUGCAAUGCUGAUGCUUUCGAUUUAGCAGAAGUAACAUUGCAAAGAUUCAAGUCACAUUUUUAAAACUGCAUGUAAAAGACUUUCAAAAUGUGCUUCUUUCUCUUGAUGCCAGGUGUGAACAUAUUUAUAGAAUAUUUUUUAACAUGUUUGGCUAUUUUCAUCUUUCACAUAUUCCUUGGUGGACCUGAAAAAGGAGAUUUUCAGAACAAUGAAAAGAAUAUUCUGAUCACUGCAACUAGAAUGGAUGCUACUAUUCUCAUGCAAAAGCCAUUAAAAUUUGUUGAUUACAACAUUGGCUAGUAAAGUAUAACACUUACCUUGUGGGGGCAUCCCUGGAGGAGGCAUUUGUUGGCCUUGCAUAUGUGGAGGUGGACCUUGACCUUGCAUUCCAGGAGGGGGUCUCAUCCCUGGUGGAGGCAUUCCAGGGGGAGGCAUUCCUCUACCCAUCAUUCCAGGAGGGGGCAUUGGUUGUCUCAUACCAGGGGGACC